CUCAACUCAGAAAGAUUAAGAUCCUUUCUCUGCUCUGUAUCUGUGAUCUGUAAUUAAAUUAACACAUCAACAAUCUCCUUCUCCCAACCCAGAAGUACGAAUCUUCCACUCGGAUCGGAUUAGUUGGUCUUCCCUCCAAUUUCCAGCAGGCUUUGGAAGACAAAUAAGUUUUAUUCAUCCAGCACUUUUUUUGCCUGGACAUAUUGGCAUGGGAGUUGUUACUGUUUCUAGUUCGUCUUCUCAAACUCCAUUAGGCUUGAGCUCAAGGUUCUCAGUGCACCAGACUCAAUUGAAGAGACCAUUGAUCUUGGCCUUCAAAACAGAUAAAGCCAAGGACAGAGCAUUGGUUACACACCAUGAGCCCAUCCCAUUACCAAUGGACACUCCCAAAGAAAACCAGAAGAGGCUAAGGAGAGCCACAAAGCCUUCUAAAAGAGUAAAAGUUGUCUGUUCUGAUGAAGCUUCUUCAUGCACCAUAGAAAUGGAUUACAAUGAUGUUGCGGCCAAACUUGAAAGUAUAUAUAAACUUAGUCCCCCAACAGAUGUUUCUGAUGUGGAUGACACUGAUCGUGUGGGCAGGAGGCGUCGUCGGACAAGAAAAAAGCUUGGAGAAGCUGAUCGCAAAACUGGAAAAGAAUCAAGUGAUAAUGUGAUAAGGAACCACAAUAAGAAUAAGCGGUUGAGUCUUGAUAGGAGGAUUGCAUUGAGAAGGAAGAAGGAGGAAGGGGCAGUUCAAUUGAGUGGGGUGAAGGAAGGUAGCAAGGAGGAUGGAGAUGUUGACAAGCUGGUUGGAGAAUAUUCUGUUUCAACUGAUUUGGCCAGCUUGGAUUGGAAGAAGAUGAAGAUACCACCAGUUCUUCCUUCUUCUGAGCAUGCUUGGUUAUUCAAGUUGAUGCAACCUAUGAAUGCACUCUUUCAAAUGAAGGAGAAUUUGCACAGAGAUCUGGGAAGAGAACCAACUGAUGGUGAAUUAGCAGAUUCAACAAAUAUGAGUGUAUUUCAAGUGAGAAGGUGUAUAGAAGUUGGUCGAGCUGCAAGGAACAGGCUAAUUAAGCACAAUCUUCGAUUAGUUUUAUUCGUAAUCAAUAAGUAUUUUCAAGAGUUUGCGAAUGGACCAAAAUUCCAAGACCUUUGCCAAGCAGGAGUAAAGGGACUCAUCACAGCCAUUGACCGCUUUGAACCAAAAAGGAGGUUCAGGCUAUCCACUUAUGGUCUAUUCUGGAUCAGGCAUGCUAUCAUGCGAUCUAUGACACUCUCAAGCUUCACACGUGUCUCCUUCGGCCUUGAAUCGGUCAGAGUAGAGAUUCAAAGGGCCAAACUAGAGUUAAUGUUUGAGCUUGAGAGGCUUCCAACAGAGGAAGAGAUAAUAAAGAAAGUAGGAAUCUCCCCAGAGAGAUACCAUGAAGUCAUUAAGGCCUCUAAACCUGUCUUUUCUCUCCAUUCAAGACAUGCAAUUACACAAGAAGAGUUCAUAAAUGGAAUCACUGACAUCGAAGGUGUUGGAGGUGAUAAACGGAGGCAACCUGCCCUUCUCAGGCUUGCUCUUGAUGAUGUGCUCGACUCUCUGAAGCCCAAGGAGAGCUUGGUGAUCAGGCAGAGAUACGGUCUGGAUGGAAAAGGAGAUCGAACAUUGGGAGAGAUUGCAGGAAACCUAAACAUAUCAAGAGAGAUGGUGCGAAAGCAUGAAGUGAAAGCUCUCAUGAAACUUAAGCACCCAACUCGAGUUGACUAUCUCCGCAGAUACAUUUUCUAAAGUGUGAACAACAUACUGAUUUGUAAUAUUGGAAGCAUCCCCCACUGCUUCUUCAUUUAUAGUUGGCCUUUCUUUGGCCUAUUGCCCUUCUAAUUAUUGUUGUUGUAUACUAAAGAUUUGUAUCAUAUAUACGUUAAUUACAUGAAGAAAGGAAUUGUUGUAACA